AUGUCAUUGUCGCCGAUGGAGAAUGUCACACGUUUGUUAAACCAGCUUCUGACGAACUAUCAUAAGGAAGUCCGUCCUGGGUUUGGAGGCGAUCCACUCCGAAUAGAGACCGAUAUCCUGGUCAGGAGUAUGGGCCCGGUAUUGGAAACAGAAAUGUCGUACUCCAUGCAGUGUUAUCUUCGGCAGAGAUGGCACGACGAAAGACUUAAAUUCAAUUUAGAAAACAUCACCAAGGUAACACUGAGUACAGCCUUUCUGAAGUACAUAUGGAAGCCAAACACCUAUUUCCUGAACGGAAGACGUUCUACACAACAUAAUAUUACUACGCCUAAUGUUUUCGUACGCAUCAGCGCGGAUGGAUCUAUCUACAUGUCCAGAAGAAUAACUAUCCGAGCGAGCUGUCCUAUGAAGUUGGUGAAUUACCCCAUGGAUCGCCCUGUGUGCCCUCUAAUAAUUGGUGGAUACGGCUACACCACUAAGGAUGUUAUGUAUAUAUGGAAGGUUGGCAAUGCACCUUCUCCAGUCGAAGUCUAUAAUGAUCUCACCAUGUCGCAGUUUGACAUGGACUUCAUCCAAUCAAUGAACUUUACAGAAAGCAAUCACAUGGGCGAAUUUUCAAUUUUGGCUGUCGACUUUCAUUUGGAGCGCCAUCUGGGUUUUUUUAUUCUACAAACUUAUCUCCCCUGUACGUUGAUAGUAUGUCUGUCCUGGGUCUCGUUCUGGAUCAACAGAGAUGCCGCCCCAGCUAGAGUUUUACUGGGAAUGACGACGAUCUUGUCGACGGCAGCCAUUGGCAUGUUACAACGUGACGGACUUCCGCGCGUGCCGUAUGCCACCGCUCUGGACGUCUACCUGUACGUAUGUCUAGUGUAUAACCUAGCCGCCAUGAUCCAGUACGCGGCCGUCAACUCCUUCACUAAAAUCAUUGUCAACACGAAGCCACGUGAAGAGAGAAAGGAGGAGGAAACACAGGUUGAAAAAGUGAAGAGGCGAGGAAGGCAGAAGAAGCAGCAAAUAGGGACAAAGAUAAGAAUUAGGUCAGGAAAGCAACAUCUAAUGACGUACGAACUACUGCACGUGCUAAAGGAUGAUAGAACCACUCAAUUGGCCACGUCAAGUGCCAUAACACUGGAAUAUAACAUGGACAAGGAUGUGAUGACGACACCUCAUCGGUUGAUUCUUCCAGAUCACCAAGGAAACGGGCGUGUGACGUCAAGUAUUUUUAGCUACAAGAGUAACACUCAUAGCCAUUGCCUGGUGAAUUUCUGGAGGUGCAUUGUGGGAUCGUACCGUGCUCAGAAGUCAGCGCGUACAGAUCUUAAUAGUGUCAGUAAAAUAGAUCUGACGUCACGUCUUGUUUUCCCGGGAUCUUUUGGACUUUUCCAUAUAUUCUACUGGUCAUGGUAUUUAGGAACAAGACUCUGA